UAUAAUCUCAACUGUCAUUUAAGGCGCACCAUCUUGCCUUGCAAAACAAGCUUGCUCUUCGGGCUCUCCCAUUAAGAGAUUUUGGUUCUGGUUUUCAAUGGAAAUUUUCGUUUUACAUAUAGUAAAACGAAAAUGUUCUAAUUCAGUUAUCAUCCGUGGUUAAAAUAGUGAAAUAAUAAUGUGGAAAUUUGUGUCGCGACGUCUUUCUGUCACAUGCGAGCGAGGCUUUAACCAAUUUGAAAACCGUAGUCCUGGUAUUGUGAACCAGGGAACUGGACCAGAAGAGAAAAACAAUAGUUCGAGAUCACCAUGCCGUUGGUUUGCUUCAAAAAGAUUCCAUAAGGAUUCACAUAAAACAGAUAACGCUAAUCACUGGACAUGUAGAUCUGGUCGUUUCGGUGAAAAGCUUGGUAGUACUUCUGAAGGAACAGAAUCCCAAGAGAUAAACAAGAGGUCGGGUCCGCCGUGCCGCUGGUUCUCAUCGCGUAGAUGUUGGGAUUCCUUUAAAACUGACAAUAAUGACACUAAUCAGAAGAAAUUUAAUUUCGACUAUUUGAAUCGAAAUUGGCUUGGUGCCAUAACUUGGAGUGGAGUUCUAGUCAUUGGUUGGUACACCAGUCAGCUGGCUCAUUUGAAAUUGAAGUAUCGCUCGAAGCAAUAUCAAGAACAGUGUAAAUCUUUUAAUAACAUUGUCAAAACAUUGCAUCCUUAUAUUUUAAAUCUUAAACAAUAUUCACCACCAUUGACCUCAUCACCAAAUAUAGAUCAUGUUCUGCGUAACUUGGACCCAAAGGUGGAAUUUGUAUCAAAUGACAACAAAGAAGUAACUACAAGUGCAAAUAAAAGUGAUUAUGGGAGUCAGUCCACUAGUUCCAAUGAUGAAUUUCAAGAUACAUUGAACUACAUUGAGAACAAACUUGGCUGGGCUGCCAUCCAGAAUGGGCAGCUGAAAGAUGGAUUACAACUUCUCAGAUCUGCUGCAAACAGAAAUCAUGCCCCAGCUCUAUAUAACUUGGGUCUAUGUUAUGAAAUGGGAAUUGGACUGGAUGUUAAUGAGAAUAAGGCAAUGGAGUUUUAUCGUUUAGCAGCCACCCUUCAACAUCCUGAUGCAUUGUACAACCUGAGUGUCUAUUAUGCUCAAGGUCGAGGAGGGUUAACUAAAAAUAAAGGUACUGCAACCAGACUGUUGCGGCUGGCUGCAGUGCAAGGCCACCAAAUUGCCAAGGAUGCUUUGGUUUUCUUGGAAGAGGAUGAAACUGACAAUGAAAAAGAAACAGAAUUAAAUUCUUGGAGCUACCAAUGUUCUCCUUUUACCCAAAAUGGUGUAGGACCACCAACUCUCACAUCUCUAUUUGUACAGAAUGUGAAUUAUGUACAAUCACAUUAAUAUAAUGAAGCUGUUUGUUACAUACUGUAUGUAAUUUGGUGAUGGUUUUACUUUAUAUUAUUUUAUUAUAUAACAUUUUUCUUAAAUCCCUGUUUAUUGUUUGUAGUCAUAUUUUAAGAUCAGUCUAUAAAAUGCAUAUAGCAUUAUAAGAAUAAGAUUAUUAUAAUAUUGAUUUCGGCAAAUAGUGAAACCCAACCAAAUGACAACCACAGUUAUAUUCUUAUGGGACUUAUGGUUAAUUUAAUGUGAUAUUUAUUAUAUAUGUAUUGUAUAUGUUUCUGUUGUAAAAACUUCAGUCUUGAUAUUUUAUGUGUGCUACGUCUUUUUGUUUGGUGAUAUAGUACAUUUAUGUGUAAAAUCUCACUAACCUUGCAGAUGUGCUCUAAAGUAGUUACAGUAUAAGUAGGGCAGAGUCCCACAGUGUAGUUUACAUGGAAUAGAAUUCCAUGUAUAAUAGUUUGCUAAGUAUUAAACAACUAUGAUGACUUGUUUCAGACAAUUUAAUAGUGUGAUAAUUUUUAAGUAAGUGAAACCAAUAAACAUUUGUCUUGUAA